CAUUUUACCCUUUUGCUUGAUUGCCGAGAAAAAGUGGGAAAAUUGAAGGAAACAUAACUGUUAGUGUUGUACGAAGAAGGAAACUGGACAACUUUGCAUGGAGUGAGCCUAUUACUUUCUUCUUUUCCUUGAUUUUCUUGGGAAUCAAACGGAGGAGUGUUUACUCUAUACCAUAGAAACUUUUGUAUAUGGUUUGUUAAAUUGAAUUCUAGGCUUUUUUGUGGUUGACUUUUUUAAGGGAUGAUGACGCUGUUUCAAGUUCGUGCCCGUAUAUUUAAUUUUCAUUUUUUUUCAGUCUCCAAAUUGAUUAAAUUUUUGUCUUUCUUCGCAAAAAUUGAUGUUUUCUGGGGGGUGUUGUUGUUCUUGCAGAUCUAUUUUGUGGGGUUAUUUUUUCUGCCCGGCAAUUUUUUAUUGUCUUGUCUGCAACUUGGGCAUGCAGAUUUUAUUUGCUAUUGAAUCAAUAAGUUUACUUUUUACCCUUGAACCUUAUUGUUUUGGGUAAAUAUCAUAGAUACCUUUGAACUUCAAUUGUCCCAAUUUGAUCUUGAACUAUGUAAUUUGUUUCAAUCGACCCUCCCGUUGAUAUUAGCGGUUAUAUGAGACAGAUUAAUGGUUAAUUUUAGCGCAAUUGGUCUCAUAUAUCCGUUAAUCUUAACAAACGGGGUUGAUUGAAACAAAUUACAUAAUUCAGGGGCAACUUGAGACAAUUUGUAGUUCGGGGUAAUUUAAACAAAAGUUAUAUAGUUCAGGGGACAUUUUUGAAAGCAGAGUUUGAAUAUGGUUCGAGUGUUUUUUGGUAUCUACUUCCAUUCUGAUUGAAGCGAUUUUCCUGAUUGAAGGUAUGUGCGGUGGUCCAGAUCGGUCAAAAUCCACGUCGUCUACUGUAGAGAACACAUCUAACACAAAAGAUAUGAGUAAAUUAACUCUAGAAACUGAAGAUUCGUUUUCUAGUUUACUUGAACUUGCUGCUAACAAUGACUUUGAGGAUUUUAAACAAACGAUUGAGCGUGAUGCUUCUGGAAUUGAUGAGGUUGGACUUUGGUAUGUCCGAAAGAAAGGCUCGAAACAAAUAGCCCUCGAGCAUAGAACUCCUCUAAUGGUUGCUGCUACAUUUGGAAGUGUUGAUGUAGUGAAGCUAAUUAUCUCCCAGCCAGAUGUUGAUGUGAAUCGCGCAUGUGGUCUGGAUAAGUGCACUGCCCUUCACUGUGCUGCCUCUGGUGGAUCUGUCAAUGUUGUUGAUGUUGUUAAGCUGCUUUUAUCUGUGGGUUCAGAUCCGAAUAUUGAAGAUGCCAAUGGUCACCGGCCAUUUGAUGUGAUCAUUAUCCCUCCAAAGGUCCCUGGUAUAAGAGCUGCACUUGAAGAAUUGCUAAUGAAUAAUGUCUCUGAUGGCUCGGUUGGUGAGUGGAAUUUAUGUUUGUCCAUUGCUACAUCGAACUCUUCCUCGCCAACCCUGUCUUCAUCACCAGAUAAUGUGUCCCCAUCUUCUCCUUCUGAUUCUGUUUCCUCUCCAAUGGCAUCUAAAUACAAUGAUGGUCCUGCAAAUUCUACCUCAGAGAAGAGAGAAUACCCAAUUGAUCCAUCUCUCCCUGACAUCAAGAACAGUAUGUAUUCAACUGAUGAGUUCCGUAUGUUCUCAUUCAAGGUUCGGCCUUGUUCGAGGGCCUACUCUCAUGAUUGGACUGAAUGUCCUUUUGUCCACCCAGGGGAGAAUGCUCGAAGAAGAGAUCCCCGGAAGUACCAUUACAGUUGUGUUCCUUGCCCUGAUUUUCGCAAGGGCGCUUGUAGGCGAGGGGAUAUGUGUGAAUAUGCUCAUGGUGUGUUUGAGUGCUGGCUACACCCCGCUCAGUACCGGACUAGGCUUUGCAAGGAUGGCACAAGUUGUGCAAGGCGGGUUUGUUUUUUUGCCCACACUGCUGAAGAGCUUCGACCCCUGUAUGUCAAUACUGGUUCUGCAAUUCCAUCUCCUCGGUCAUCUGCCUUAGCUGCUAGUGCCAUGGACAUGGCAGCUGCUUUGAGCCUGUUACCUGGUUCACCCUCAUCACACUCUGUGAUGUCUUCAUCUCCGUUCAAUCAACCCAUGUCCCCAUCGGCAAAUUGCAUUUCCCACUCAUCUGUGGCUUGGCAGCAACCAAAUGUUCCAACCCUUCAUUUGCCUGGAAGUAAUCUUCAAUCGAGUCGCUUGAGAUCUUCCUUUAGUGCUCGAGACAUCCCUCCGGAGGACUUGAGUAUAUUGCAGGAUUUUGAUAUGCAGCAGCAACUGCUAAAUGACUUCUCCUGUCUCCCGCAGUCCCGUCCUAGUACUAUUUCUUUGAACCGUUCGGGUCGGUCUAAUACACUCGCUCCUUCGAACCUUGAAGAGUUUUUUUCUGCUGAGAUGACUUCUUCUCCCCGAUAUUCUGAUCUGGCAGCGGCUACUGGUGUUUUCUCACCAUCGCACAAAUCAACUGUUCUCAGUCAGUUCCAACAGCAGCAGUCCAUACUGUCUCCAAUUAACACUAACGUGUUCUCUCCCAAAAAUGUUGAACACCCUCUUUUGCAAGCUUCCUUUGGCGUCUCAUCUCCUGGAAGAAUGUCGCCAAGAAGUGUGGAGCCCAUCUCCCCAAUGGGUGCUCGGCACUCUGUGUUUGCUCAACGUGAGAAGCAGCAUCAACAACUACGCAGCCUCAGCUCCAGGGAUCUCGGAUCCAACAAUGUCUCCACUGUUGGGUCCCCUGUGAAUUCUUCUUGGUCAAACUGGGGAUCCUCUAAUGGAAAAGUAGAUUGGUCUGUUAAAGGAGAUGGAAUGGGUCGCCUGCGAAGGUCUAAUUCGUUUGAGCUCAAUAAUAAUGGAGAGGAGCCUGACCUAUCAUGGGUCCAGUCUCUUGUCAAGGAAUCACCACCUGAGAUGAAAGAAAAGCUUGCGGUUCCGAUUUCUGGAACUGUGCCAUCCGCGAUUUUCCUGAUUGAAGGUAUGUGCGGUGGUCCAGAUCGGUCAAAAUCCACGUCGUCUACUGUAGAGAACACAUCUAACACAAAAGAUAUGAGUAAAUUAACUCUAGAAACUGAAGAUUCGUUUUCUAGUUUACUUGAACUUGCUGCUAACAAUGACUUUGAGGAUUUUAAACAAACGAUUGAGCGUGAUGCUUCUGGAAUUGAUGAGGUUGGACUUUGGUAUGUCCGAAAGAAAGGCUCGAAACAAAUAGCCCUCGAGCAUAGAACUCCUCUAAUGGUUGCUGCUACAUUUGGAAGUGUUGAUGUAGUGAAGCUAAUUAUCUCCCAGCCAGAUGUUGAUGUGAAUCGCGCAUGUGGUCUGGAUAAGUGCACUGCCCUUCACUGUGCUGCCUCUGGUGGAUCUGUCAAUGUUGUUGAUGUUGUUAAGCUGCUUUUAUCUGUGGGUUCAGAUCCGAAUAUUGAAGAUGCCAAUGGUCACCGGCCAUUUGAUGUGAUCAUUAUCCCUCCAAAGGUCCCUGGUAUAAGAGCUGCACUUGAAGAAUUGCUAAUGAAUAAUGUCUCUGAUGGCUCGGUUGGUGAGUGGAAUUUAUGUUUGUCCAUUGCUACAUCGAACUCUUCCUCGCCAACCCUGUCUUCAUCACCAGAUAAUGUGUCCCCAUCUUCUCCUUCUGAUUCUGUUUCCUCUCCAAUGGCAUCUAAAUACAAUGAUGGUCCUGCAAAUUCUACCUCAGAGAAGAGAGAAUACCCAAUUGAUCCAUCUCUCCCUGACAUCAAGAACAGUAUGUAUUCAACUGAUGAGUUCCGUAUGUUCUCAUUCAAGGUUCGGCCUUGUUCGAGGGCCUACUCUCAUGAUUGGACUGAAUGUCCUUUUGUCCACCCAGGGGAGAAUGCUCGAAGAAGAGAUCCCCGGAAGUACCAUUACAGUUGUGUUCCUUGCCCUGAUUUUCGCAAGGGCGCUUGUAGGCGAGGGGAUAUGUGUGAAUAUGCUCAUGGUGUGUUUGAGUGCUGGCUACACCCCGCUCAGUACCGGACUAGGCUUUGCAAGGAUGGCACAAGUUGUGCAAGGCGGGUUUGUUUUUUUGCCCACACUGCUGAAGAGCUUCGACCCCUGUAUGUCAAUACUGGUUCUGCAAUUCCAUCUCCUCGGUCAUCUGCCUUAGCUGCUAGUGCCAUGGACAUGGCAGCUGCUUUGAGCCUGUUACCUGGUUCACCCUCAUCACACUCUGUGAUGUCUUCAUCUCCGUUCAAUCAACCCAUGUCCCCAUCGGCAAAUUGCAUUUCCCACUCAUCUGUGGCUUGGCAGCAACCAAAUGUUCCAACCCUUCAUUUGCCUGGAAGUAAUCUUCAAUCGAGUCGCUUGAGAUCUUCCUUUAGUGCUCGAGACAUCCCUCCGGAGGACUUGAGUAUAUUGCAGGAUUUUGAUAUGCAGCAGCAACUGCUAAAUGACUUCUCCUGUCUCCCGCAGUCCCGUCCUAGUACUAUUUCUUUGAACCGUUCGGGUCGGUCUAAUACACUCGCUCCUUCGAACCUUGAAGAGUUUUUUUCUGCUGAGAUGACUUCUUCUCCCCGAUAUUCUGAUCUGGCAGCGGCUACUGGUGUUUUCUCACCAUCGCACAAAUCAACUGUUCUCAGUCAGUUCCAACAGCAGCAGUCCAUACUGUCUCCAAUUAACACUAACGUGUUCUCUCCCAAAAAUGUUGAACACCCUCUUUUGCAAGCUUCCUUUGGCGUCUCAUCUCCUGGAAGAAUGUCGCCAAGAAGUGUGGAGCCCAUCUCCCCAAUGGGUGCUCGGCACUCUGUGUUUGCUCAACGUGAGAAGCAGCAUCAACAACUACGCAGCCUCAGCUCCAGGGAUCUCGGAUCCAACAAUGUCUCCACUGUUGGGUCCCCUGUGAAUUCUUCUUGGUCAAACUGGGGAUCCUCUAAUGGAAAAGUAGAUUGGUCUGUUAAAGGAGAUGGAAUGGGUCGCCUGCGAAGGUCUAAUUCGUUUGAGCUCAAUAAUAAUGGAGAGGAGCCUGACCUAUCAUGGGUCCAGUCUCUUGUCAAGGAAUCACCACCUGAGAUGAAAGAAAAGCUUGCGGUUCCGAUUUCUGGAACUGUGCCAUCCGGUGAGGGUUUGAAAUCCAAUUCUCAAAUUGAUUCAGUUGAUCAUUCAGUUUUAGGAGCUUGGCUCGAGCAGAUGCAACUCGAUCAGCUCGUAGCCUAAGUUAACACCGAAUUUGUUUUCUCUUACUGUGGUUAAACAAAACUUAGGAAGUACAUAUUUUUUGGGGAUGUUCUUGGCUGGUUUUGAAGUUGAUUUUGAGAAAGGUAAGAGCUGAUUUGGGAGAUUUUGAAGGAUAGGAGGAUGGCCGAAAAAUUUAUCAUUUAUUGUUAUUUUUUAAAGCAGAAUAAGAUGGUGAAAGUGGCUUGUUUUUGGGCUGUAUUAAAAGAAAACCAGUCCAGAUUGGCUAUGUUUCAUUGGAAGUUUUUAGGUAUAUUUUUAGUCCCUUCUAUACCUUGUGAAGAAGAGAAGUUUCACUGCAAUGAAAAUAAAUUCGUAUUACCUCAUGCCUCCCCCCCCCUUCUCUCCUCUUUCCCUUUACCGGUUAAAUGAUGGCCAGUGGAUGAGGCUCUGGUAAGUCGGGUGUACAUAAAUCUUUUUUCUGUAUGCGAAGAGUAGUAGGAGCGACAAUUUGGCGUGUUCGUGUUAUUUCA